AAGGAGGAAAGAGCACAAGAAAACAUGUGAGCGUUCUGAGGACUUUAGUGAGAGGCAACUUUUAUUUUCUUAUGUGUUUUUUUCUCCACCCGUGCAUGUCCACACUCUCUCUGAAGGAAUUACAUCUGAAAGGAACGUCACGUCUCUUUUUUUGUGUUUGUGUGUGUGUUCAUCAGGAUAAAUUGUGUUUUUGCUUUGCUUUAGUUUUUUUUUUUUAAUAUUUUGCGCUAUAUAAUCAAAAGAAGCAAUAAUUAAUUUUUUUAAACACCUGCCUUUGUUGACGUGAAUCAAAUUUUGGGACAGCUGCGUUUACAAACAACUAAUUUGUAAUUAACGGCUUUUGCUACUUGGAAAAUAGAGCUCUAAUAAAUAUAUUCUUCAUAUACUGCAGGUUAACAUCUCUCUUUUUUAAAAAGAAAAAAGGGGGGGGUGAUAUUUUGUAUUUUUCAGUUUUUUUAAAUAUAUAUAUAUAUUUUUUGUCAUUAUUUUAUUUGAUGAUUUUUUUGAAACUAUGAAGCAUUUGCAAUUCGUGCUCGUCCUGGCCAUCGCGGUCAACGUGUGGGAAUGUGGGGACGCAAAGUUCGGCGAGAGAGGAGAGCUCAGCCCCAGGAGGAGAAGAUGUUACGACGGGAGUUUGCCCAAGCGGCUGAAGAAAAGGGAGCGAAAAGUGUUGCUUGACGGCAGCAGCAGCGGAGACGUUUGCCACAGGUUGUAUCCUCGGGUGUCCUGCUGUCCCACCAGGAGAGCCGCCUAUCAGAUCCUGCACCGCAGGGAUGCCAGGAUUUUCUCCACCAACAAUACAGAAUGUGGACGUCUCCUGGAGGAGAUCAAGUGUGCUCACUGCUCCCCCAAUGCCCAGGUGUUGUUCCACUCCUUGGACAUGGAUAAGAUGCCACACAGGGAGCCAGACCUGCCGCGGCUCUGCCAGGACUUCUGCCGCGAGUUCUACUACACCUGCAGGGGACACAUACCAGAGCUCUUCCAAGCCGAUGUGGAUGAGUUCUGCCAGUACUAUGGGAGGAGAGAUUCCAGUUUAUGCUUUCCGGAUUUUCAACGAAAGCAACCACAUGGGCAAGAUUCCAACUACUUGGGAGAUGAGAAAAUAGAAGAUAUCAGCAGGAAACACAAACACAACUGCUACUGUGCCCAGGAGGUGUUGAGUGGUCUAAGGCAGCCGGUGGCUGUGAUGCACUGUGGUGAUGGUUCCCAGCGUCUCUUUGUCCUGGAGAGGGAGGGAAUUGUCAGGAUACUCAACCAUGACCUCGAGCUCAUCAAGGAGCCCUUCUUGGACAUCCACAAGCUGGUGCAGAGUGGCCUGAAGGGUGGAGAUGAAAGGGGCCUGCUAAGCCUGGCAUUCCACCCCAAUUACAAGAAGAAUGGCAAGCUCUACGUCUCCUACACCACCAACCAAGAGCGCUGGGCCAUUGGACCACACGACCACAUUCUCCGUGUGGUUGAAUACACCAUUUCAAGGAAAAAUCCAAACCAGGUAGACACCAGGACAGUCAGGGUGCUCAUGGAAGUGGCAGAGCUACACAGGAAACACCUAGGGGGUCAACUUCUUUUCAGCCCUGAUGGUCUGCUGCACAUCAUUCUGGGAGAUGGCAUGAUCACUCUGGAUGAUAUGGAGGAAAUGGAUGGACUCAGUGAUUUCACAGGGUCCGUGUUAAGGGUAGAUGUGGACACAGACUGUUGUACGUCAGCCUACUCCAUACCACGAAACAAUCCCUACUUCAACAGCACCAACCAGCCACCUGAAAUCUUUGCCCAUGGAUUACAUGACCCAGGCAGGUGUGCAGUGGAUCGACUUCAGACAGACAAUGGCACUCUCCUAAUCCUCUGUACAGAUGCCAGUGGCAAAAACACAUCAGCAGGAAGAAUAUUGGAAAUUACUAAGGGGAAGGAUUAUGAAAAUGAGCCCUCUGUCUAUGACCUGCAGUCCAGUGGAGGAGCACCACCUGUGGGGGGCUUCAUCUACAGGGGCUGCCAGUCCAGAAGACUUUAUGGCAGUUAUGUGUUUGGAGAUAAAAAUGGUAACCUGCGGAUCCUUCAGAAGUCUACAUUUCCGUCAUCAGCAAGUGAUGAACAAUGGCAGGAAAAAUCUCUGUGUCUGGGCUCAGCUGGCUCCUGCGGCUCUGCGCUUGUUGGACACAUCUUGGGUUUCGGAGAGGAUGAACUGGGCGAAGUCUACAUGCUGGCAAGCAGUAAAAGCAUGGCACAGUCACACAGUGGGAAACUCUACAAGCUGGUAGACCCCAAAAGGCCUCAUGCCCCCAAGGAGUGCCAGCGUCAGGUGGAGCCGCCAGAGCUGCUGAUGACAGCUUGUUCCCGACACUGUAAGAACGGACACUGCACUCCCACUGGCAAGUGCUGCUGCAGCCUCGGCUGGGAGGGACCCUUCUGCCGAGUUGCCAAAUGUGAACCAGCCUGCCGCAACGGAGGGGUGUGCAUGGAGCCUAACAAGUGCCUGUGUAAGAGCGGCUACUCCGGAGACCAGUGUGAGAAGAGCGAGCGGGGUAUGCCCAACGACCAGGAGAAAGACGGCAUACUGGACCACAUCAUUGACAUGACCUCGUACCUCUUAGACCUGACCAGCUACAUCGUAUAGGGGUGUGCAGAGGGGGGCUGCUCCCCACCAUCAUCCUCAAGUUGACACAAAUCUACCUAUCACCACCAGCAGACCCUAACGAGGUGUCCUUAAUAUGGCCUCUUAAUCUCCCUCACACCCACACAGGCAUGCACACACACACACACACGCAUACACACACACACACACACACACACACACACACACGCUUCCAAAUACACACCAGAUCCCCAUCAGACUGCUUUUAUUCCACGUCACCAUACCAAACUCUUCCUCUUCUCACCUAUAAGCUACUUGCUCUUGAGCACCAGGCCUGGCAUCCAAGCCGUGUUCACAAGUUCAAAGAGACCUGCGGACAGUUGAUCGACAAGCAAGGCUAAGUUAUGGAAGUUCCACUAAGACAUUUCCUCUCUUGUUCAGACAACGCCUGCACCCGGCUGACUCCACAGGAACAAGAACUCCACAGGAACAGGAACUCCACAGGAACGAACUAUUUAAAUCCAGGACUUUGGAUGUUUUCAGGGGCUAUCUGUUGCCUUACUUAAGACCCCCCCCCCCCCCCCCCCCCCCCCCCCCCCACCAAAAAAAAAAAAAAAAAAAAAAAAAACCAUAGUUUGAGGCAUUUCACUGGAGACAGUUCAGGAGUUCAUUAAGGAUUCAAAAUUGUAAGGAACGGCACGGCUCAAGAUCCAAUUUGUGCUCCUGGUCCUUUAAAAACACGGCAAAGUAAAUGUCUUCACACACAGACUUUGAAGGAACAGAGUCACGCGUCACAUAGAGCCUGCAGUGCUUUGUGCUCUACUAUCCUAAAGGCACUAAUACAAGAACAACCAUGUCGUCUCAUUUAUGAUGUUGUAUUUAGUUUGUGGGUACAUUGUCAUACAAAGCGAUAACAGUAUACAGUAUGUAUAGUUUGUUUUGCAACACUCGCUUGCUAUCAGUGUACAGAUCGGAUCCACACACAACAGAGGACUGUUAAACAAAAGUAGUGACAAGUGAGUGAGAACAUCGUGUUUCGUCACAGCCAGUUUCAUGCAUUCUGAAGGGAGUUUUUGAACUGAGUUUUCCCAUGCACUGUAUUCAUUUUUAUUGUUUCCUUCACUUGAUUAUUCACAACGAGUCUCGACAUUUAUUCAAAGCGUAGUGAGAAAAAGUUACACACUCGGAUACCACACGAUCACAGGUAUGGUUUGGCAGACUCCUUUCGUUGCGUCACACUGAAAGUCGAAUUCAAAACUACAAAGGGAAGAGAUAGCGCGGUGAUGUAUAUUUCCAAUAGAGCUUACCUAAGUACUGCUUAGCAUUGCAAAAAAAAACUAUAGCAUUACUAUUGUUAUCAUAGAGGAGGGUUUAUUUUUUUAAGCGUAAUAAUAUAUGGGAGAAUAUGGUGUUUAUAGAAAGCAGUUUUACACUAAGCUUGUCAGUUCAUGUCAUUUCAUGUCGUACUUAUACAUAUGCAGCUUUUAUGGAAGACACGUGAGGACUUUUUUUCUUUUCUUUUUUUUCCCCAGUGUAAAAGUAAUGCAUGUCUAUGCCUGCAUAGAAUAAUUCAGAGCAGUUGGCGGAGUCCAUCUAACUCUUUCCCCUGACAUAUGGUUAUAUUACCACUGUCAGAAAUGUGUCUCUGUUGUAAGAUGAUCAAAGAUCCCAUCGGGCCUCUGAGUCACUGUGGAAGCAGCUCACAGUCAGAGGCAGAUCUUAUCCGCAAAGAGCAGAUUUAAGAUUAACCUGAGGGGAAAAAAAAUGUCAAGAUUAAAUCCUCUCAUGAGCAUCUGACUCCUACACAGUCAGAAAACGGUCACACACAGAUCGUCUGGAGCCACAGCGGUGUGUUCGUCUUUUCAGAUGCCAGAAAUAAGUUCAUACAGAGAUUAUAUUUAUAUGAAUUCUUUUUUCAACAACUGAUUAAUCUUAUUAGGACUUCUGCAUCUGAUCAUUAGCUACUUUAAAUCCCAUAAAAUGAGUAUGACAGAGCCAUCAGUUGUUGUGUUGAGCAGUUUGACGGUAAACAGGUGUAAUUCUUACUUUCUCCCCUACUUUUAUUUCGGCAAACAAGUUUCACAGUUAAUUGAAGUUCGGUGUCUGUAAAUGAUGUAUUUGCCGGUCAUCUCCCACUUCGCUCGAGUUUGCUGAAAUAAAUCAGCUCUACCUGGUCUUCAUAAGUCAAAAACGGAAUUCAUGCUGUAAAAUGGAAAAUUCUAAUUUUUUUUUAGCACUUAAUGUGAAAGUUGCAUUGUAGCUGCUGAGACGGCGUGGUGUGAAUAGAAUAACCAUUUUCAUUAUUUAAGUAGUUACACAAAUAAAAUAAUUAUUUAAGUUCUCUAUGUUGUUUUUACCAUUGUACUGUAUGUGACAGUUUUUAUUCCUGUAUUGUAAAUAUAACUAGGGAUAACUUUGUUUCUCUUCAGAAAUAUCAAUAUGUCUAUUAAAGUUUAUAGCAUGUCUGAAA